UAGAAAAUUAAUAGUUCAGAUUGGUGACAUCUUUUUAAAAAUCCUAAAAGAAAACAACAACAAAAAACGGAAGUGAAAGGGGAAAGAAAUGUUUAGAAAAUGAAAAUUGUGGUGUUCCCUAUUUAAGGGCCCUGCCUAGAAAGAAGGUCACUGCAGAACUUCUGGCCCAAGGUUGUUCACCAGACGCCCAGCUCAGCCAGGCCAGCAGCCCCCCCUUUGCCCAUGGCCCUCCUGCUCUCUCUGCUCACGGCCCUGGUGCUGCUCAGCUCUGGCCCAGCUAGAACUCUGGGCUGUGACCCACUUGAGGACCACGUCCUGCUCAGCAGGGAGAACGUAGAACUUCUGAGAGACAUGAACAGCAUCUCCCCUCUCUUCUGCCUGAAGGACAGACAGCACUUCCGAUUCCCCCGGGCAGUGGUGGAUGGCAGCCAGGUCCAGAAGGCCCAGGCCCUCUCUGUGCUCCACCAGAUGCUCCAGCAGAUCUCCGACCUCCUGGCCACAGAGAACUCCUCUGUCCCCUGGAACACAACCCUCGUGGACCUGCUGCGCACAGGACUCCAUCGGCAGCUGGAAGACCUGGACACCUGUUGGGCGCGGGAGAUGGGAGAGGAGGGACCUGCCCUGGCCACACAGGGCCCCACCCUGGCCUUGAAGAGGUACUUCCAGGGCAUCCGUCUCUACCUGAAGGAGAAGCAAUACAGUGACUGCGCCUGGGAAGUUGUCAGAGUGGAAAUCCUGAGGUCCUUCUCCUCAACAAUAGCCGCCUUGCAGGAAAGGCUCAGAAAUGAGGAUGGAGACGUGGGGUCGCCUUGAAAGGAUUCUCGCUGAUGAAUGUGCCACCUCACCUUUGCCCAUAGGUUCUUGGUCAUGGGCAACGGAUCUUCUAUCUGCUUCAAUCACAGAACUUACUGAACUUUACUCAGCAAAUCUGUUGUCACAUUCUUAAGGAAGAAAAUGUUACCUACCAAUAGUGCCUGAUAGGUUACUGCCUGAAUGGUUAUUUAUUUAUUUAUUUAUUUAUUUAUUUAUUUAUUCUUAUCAUAUUUAUGUAUUUAUAUAACCAAUAUUUGUUCUUACCUUGUAUUAAAAUUUACAAAGCAUGUAACUUUUUUAAAGUUAUUAAAUUUGUGUUUUGUUUUAUUCAUUAAAUUGUUACCAAAGAAAACUUCCUGAGUUUUUUACUUCUGCAAACCUACAUCCUUAUUGGUUGAAUCUAUCUCAAAACAGCACUCUCUUUUUAAGUCCUUUACAACAGUCCCCCACUCCUCAGGAAGUGCCUAUGGAAAGCUGGAAACCCAUGGAAUUGAGAAGAGCCCUGGAAAACAAGGAAGAUGUUCGGUUUUUAUGUCAGAAUUGUAACGGGUUUCUAUUCGGUCAGCAAGAGGAGAGGGUAGGGGUAUCUGGGAGGAGUCUGUAGAGCGAAGUGGAAAGGAUACAGGGUGUUUGUUGGCUGAUAUUGGCAUCUGGUCCUCCUACCACAGCCUCCCAGUCCUGGUCCACUGGAAGGAUUCCCUCCCUUCCCGCCCCGCCCUGGCUGCCUCUGGCUCAGGAGU